AUGGAUCCUUAUCAACCCCAACCACCACAACCCAGUCACGAAGCCCGCUUUCAUUACUCCAAACCUAACUAUGCUCAGCCAUCGCAAUACCAACAGUUUCCUCCACAUCCAUCAGUGAGAGUACCCCCGAAUGUCAAGCUAAGUGCCCGCCAAGUUCCUCUCGGCGUAGGUGUUGCUCCUCCUCCGGUCAGAUAUGACAGCCCUUCUCGCCAGCAGCAGCAGAGACCAACAGGGAACGGGAUGUUGGUCCAGAAUUUCAGAUUCCCCGUCGCUCCACCCAUCCCUCCCUCUUCAUCAGGAAGAGUUCGACAAGAAACAUCCCAGUCGCCAGGACGUAAGUACAAUAUGCAUCAAUCCUACGUGUCAUCGGUAGCGGACGAAUUUGCUACCCCCGGAACAACACCGGGAUCGAGAUCAAGAGGUUUCCCAACUCCAACGUCCAAACGAUACUCGGGUUCUGUUUAUGCUGAAAGUGAAGUUCUGGGGGCCGAAGACCGUUUUGAUCAAGAUAACUUCGAACCGGACACGGAUCGACCCGACUCAGCCGAUCCAAUGCCACAAAUCGUACGGCAAGCAAGUCUUGGGAAACGGGCAAAACCUGCCCUUACCACCAUCAAAAACCGAGACAGCCAGAUUGAGCCCAAUAUCCCCGAAGAAUUUCCAGUUCCUCCUACACACGUGAACAAGCAAACAACUAUGGAAGCCCUCAGUGCAGCAGUGGCUGCUGGUAUGAGUAGCCAAUUCAUUGGGUCCCGUUCAGAUACCCCUGGCUCCCGAAGUUACACUCCUGUUCGGAUGCCAUUCGACACAUCUCCUCCCCCCUCUCCCUCUGCCGAUAGAGAGUAUCUGCAGACUCCAAAAUCUCCCAAUACAAUUUCGUCUGGAAUGAUUCUCGCUCAGACACCAGCCUCCGGCCACUCUCAUAAAUCCACAAACAAUCUGCUUGGCUUGGGUAUCGAUCAGCCAGCCAUGAGUGACAAGAUCCCCGCCAGUCGCCGGCCGCCCAGACUGGAUAUGGACGCUGUCAAGGAGGCAGAAAGCCGUGGCAGUACAACCAGUCUGUCAGACUUGAUCAGACGGGCAACAAAGCUUGCCGCCAAUCUCGACAGAGGCAAGACAGCAAGCCGCCUAGGCAUGUUGGACAUGUGGGGCAACGGUGAAAAGAUGGGUGCUACAAAUCGCCAUUCCACCAUGUCCGAUAUGCUGUCGGCUUUUCCUGCUCCAGCCAUAGGCGGUACUCCAACGAAACGAGAUACUGCGUGGCCGCUAGGUGAAAAGGGUGACGGCUACGCUUCAACCACCGAUCUGUCUAAAAUCCACCCCAGAAAACAACGGCGGAAAUGUUGCGGCCUGUCAUUACCUAUCUUUGUUAUCGUCCUUGUUGUCAUCAUCGUUCUCAUCGCCGCGGCUGUAUUAAUACCUAUCUUCCUAAUUCUUGUGCCAAAGCAACACAAAUCUACCGACCUCAGCAACUGUGCCGCCAGUCAUCCUUGCCAGAAUGGAGGUACGAGCAUCGUGAGUAACAACGCUUGUGUCUGUGUCUGCUCCAACGGCUUUACGGGAAACCAGUGUGAAACGUCUGGAAACGCAGCUGAUUGUAUGACCAUUACGUUGAAUGACGGCAGUAAUGAGUACAAAAAUGCAACAAUGGGCCUAUCAAUCCUACCAACCCUUUCGGAUGCACAGACGCGGUUCGAUAUCGCUCUUAAUAUCUCGACGAUAUUAUCGCUUUUCUCGUCCAACAAUCUUUCGUGUACAGGCGAAAACUCUCUGGUUGAUUUCAACUCAAGCUUGUCCAAUCCCGGGACAAGGAGAACAAGACGAUUCAUUAUGUUACCGGGCUUUGAGCCACGCCCACCCGUGAUCAGCAUGCCUCAUCUACCUCAAAUCACAGCGCGUGCAGAAGCGGGCUGCUCAGAGCCAUCCCUUGAGAGGAGACAGGAUGGUGGCGUCGCAGGAACUUCAACCUCGAAUGGAAUUGUCUUCCAAGCGAGCUCGCCAACAAUAGGGCCCGUCAGUCCGACGGAAGCUGUGGUGACUGGUGCCUCGACUGUCACAAGCGUGACUGCGACGACAGACGCAGGCUCCGCCACCACAACAGCGUCACAAUCCCCAUCCACCACGACCAGCUCCUCUACACCUUCUUCAUCAGCUGUUCGCAGCGAAGAGCUCGACUUUGCCAAAGUUGUUGUUCUCUUCGUCCUCCAAGAAUCUCAAGCCAUGACCGUGGCUGUGAAUGCCCAACAGCGCAUAGACUCGUUCUUCGCACAACAGGCCAAAGGCAGCGCCACGUCUGAAAAGGUAGACGUCGGAUUGGGAAACUUGGUUCUGACAGCCGACUUUGACAAGUUCACUAUCACCGAAGGGAAUGGACAGGUUGUGGGUGGGCAGGAAGGUUUGGGAUCAUCAUGA